AUGACCACCCGUUUUGUUGAUGGUGUUCAAAUAAGUCCAACAGAACCAAGCACUAGCAGUGAAAGUACAGCUGAAGCUUUUUAUUGUGGUUUUGAUUCAACACCUCAAUUAUCUUCAAAUAUUUCUAGAGAAUUAAAUGGACAAUUUUUCAAUAAACAAAAGACUAAAGCAAAAAUUAAUACAAAAUCAAUUUGGAAAGCAAAAUUAUAUAUUAAUUUGAUUGCUGGUGCUGCAAUUAUGCUUACCAUACUUGCUGGUAUUUUACUUUUUGUUGUUAUACCACACAUGGGGAGAAGUAAUUCUGAACAAAGACUAAGAAGGUUUCCUGGCAAUCGAGAACAUCGUUAUGAUUGGCCACCUCCAUCCUAUUCUUUAAUGGGACGCUUUAAAAAAGCAGCAAUUACUUGUGAUCAUGGAAUUUGUAGUGAAAUAGGUCGAAAUAUAUUAAUUGCUGGUGGAAAUGCAAUAGAUUCAGCAAUUGCUUCACUUUUUUGUUUGGGUGUUACAAAUCCACAAAGUAGUGGUUUGGGUGGCGGUUUUAUUAUGACAUUUUAUGAUAGAACAAAACAAAAAUGUUUUGUAUUAGAUGCAAGAGAAACUGCUCCUAAGGCUAGUCAUAAAGAAAUGUAUGGAAAGGAUGAAUGGGCUAGUAAGUAUGGUUUUCGUGCUAUUGCAACUCCGGGUGAGUUGGCUGGUUAUUGGAGAGCUUUUAAAGAAUGGGGAAGUGGGAAAGUAAAUUGGUCUGAUCUGAUAAUGCCUUCAGUAAAUUUAGCUAGAAAAGGUGUUCCAAUAAGUGAAUUUUUAGCUUAUGUAUUGAAUAUAAAAGAAAAUCAUUUAAAAACAUUACCUUCAAUGAAAAGUUGGUUUAAUCCAAAAACAAAUAAAGUAUGGCAAUUUGGUGAUAUAAUUAAACGUCCAGAAUUGGCAGACACACUGGAACGUUUAGCUAAUGAACGAAAUCCUGUUGAAUUAUUUUACAGAGGAGAAAUGGCUGAGGAGAUUAUUAAUGAAAUGGCGGACAAUGGUAUGUAUUUUUUGUUUUUACAUGAAAUUUUUCUUUUAAAAAUUUUGGGCGGUAUUCUCACAAAAGAAGAUUUGCAUAACUAUAGAGUAUUAGUUCAUGAUUCUCCACUUCUGGUUGAUGGAUUCUCAGGGAAUUUGCGAAUGUGUGGUCCACCCCCUCCUUCUUCCUUUGCUGUUACACAAGCAAUUGUUGCUACAAUGACUUCUAAAUUUUCUAAUUAUACUCGUUGGGGCAAUCCGUUAAAUGGAGUUCUUGAUGAUACCGAGUUUUAUCAUUGGUUAAUUGAAACACAAAAAUUUGCCUAUGCAAAAAGAACCCGUCUUGGAGAUAUACACUUUGUACCACAGGCAAAAGAAUUAGCAAUAAAUAUGACCCAAAGAGAAUUUGCAAAAAUGAUUUUAAAAAAAGUACCUCCAAAAGCCAUGUUUUCAACUUAUUAUACUGAUGGAAAUCCUAUUAAUGCUCAAAAGGAAGAUCAUGGUACUUCACAUGUUUCUGUACUUGAUGCAGAUGGAAAUGGCGUUUCUGCAACCAGUACUGUUAAUCGAUGCUUUGGAUUUGCUCCAUCGGAUGCGAACUUUAUUGAGCCAGGUAAACGGCCUAUGAGCUCGAUGAGUCCAAUGGUUAUUUUUGAUCGUGAAAAUGGAAAUUUAAAAUUUGUCAUUGGAGCAUCAGGAGGGUCAAAAAUUAUCUCUGCUAUGGCAAAGCCAAUAAUUCGAGUUCUUUGUUUUAACGAAACAAUCAAAGAACAUAAUCAAUUUACACCAGACGUGACUCAAUAUGAAGAAACAGUUCCAAAACAACUACUACAAGAUUUGGAAUCAAAAUUCGGUCAAAAAUUCAAGCCAACAACUGGUUUCGAAGGAAUUGUUCAAGCAAUCUUGGUAGGAGAUGAUGGUUAUAUUUAUGCUAACGGGGAUUACCGAAGAAGAACUAAUAUGCAUCCAGAAGGUUUUUGA